AUGCUCUCGCUCUUCCGCAAGUCCAAGUCCACCCAAGUGAUGUCCAAUGCCAACAAUUCCGAGACCACUCUCGUCUCGACCAAGUCUAAGCGCCAGACCCGGCGCGAGACCGAGCCAUACAAAGCCGAAUUCAGCGGCAUGGGUAUGAUGGGCGGAAUGCCUGCUAUGGGAACCCACAUGUUUCUUGAGCCACCUUCCCCCACCGGCUCUAGCGCUGGCGACAGCAAAACGAGCAUCAAAAUGGUCCCCGCUCAGCCUUUCAAGUCCAAGCCCAAGGCCUCGUUCGCGUCUGAACGUGUGGAAACUCUACGGGGUAUGUUUCAAGUUGCUUCUCCUCCGAGAAGAGGUGAAAAGUCCGCACAGGAACUGCUGGAUGAGCUGUACACCAACUCUUCCGUUAUGAUCGGCGGCAUUGUCGCGCCCCUGUCGAUGAAGAAGAAUAAGGACGAGAAUCAGUCGAUACCUUGGCGACGACCGUAG